AUGUCAAACACACUAGCAAAUGAAACUCAUCAGAGAAGUCUGAAGGACUUUUUGACUCUUUACAAUGUCAUCACUGAAUAUUGCUUCAGCAAAUGUGUUUCAAAUUUUAAUGAACGCAGAGCAUCGACAAAUGAGACCUCAUGUGUAGAUAUCUGCACAGACAACUAUGUUCAGUACAACCAGAGAUUUAUGUUCAACUUUGUUGACCAUCAAGAAAGACGUAAACGAGACCUGGAGAGAAUUGCAGUAGAAGAAGCAGCAAAGGCUGCUCAAGCUGCUCCGACAGAGCAGGUCACUCCAGCCCAAGAGCAGCAAAUACAGAAGGUAGCCGAGCUGCUGGAAAACUUGAGUUCAGCAUCUUCUCCAAGCUUGAAACUCUAG